AUGACAGAAUACCAAAUCCUCAAUAGCCAGAGCGGCCGGCUUACAUACCUUUCUGGAGACCGUCACGACUGCCCUCAAACCAACCCCGGCCUCUUCCAGCCACGCACACGCCGACCGAACAUCAUACGUAUCUCCCACGUCGCCCCAGACUACCCGCGGCACGUUUCUCCCCUACGCAAAGGCCGCUCCGUUAUAACCGCAAAGCUGGCGGGCCCCAGUGAGAGCGCGAAACGAAUUCUUCGAGCCUUCAUCGCCUCCCAUACUUCUCUUGCGCCCGAGAAGCCGAGCACGCAAUCGAGGCGGUCUUCUUCGUCAAGCGCGGGUGCGCCUAGGGAGGCAGGGGCAGACGCAAUGAGGGCGGCUUCGCGUAGCUCAGUUGGAGGUCCUGUCAGUGGGAUCAUCCAUCGACCGAGUCUCGUCGAGAGUGUUCGGGCUUCAUCCGGCCAGUCUGUAGCUUCGCGCCCGCCCAACCGCAUUCUUACCAAUACCAUCCCGGAUGAGAAGCCCGUAGCAUCGGGCGGUAACAUUACUGUUAGCGUUGCAUUGGCAGAGCCAAUGCUCUAUGUUCAUGGCUUCGAGCAAGAUGAGACUUCGGAGCGGAGUACCGCUAUGCUGCGGGGUAGCCUGCAUUUACGAGUGACGAAAAGCACGAAGAUAAAAGCGGUUACCCUCAAGUUCCGGGGAUUGGCGACGACCCUCUGGCCCGAAGGUAUCCCUCCGAGGAAGACCGAACACGAAGAGGUUGACACGAUAAUGAGCCACAUUUGGCCAUUCUUCAACGCGCAAUUCCCCACCGCAGAGGCCGGUACUUGUGCCGAUCAUGUAGAGCUGUUUCCAGGAACCUCAACCUCGAGCACGGCAAGUAGUCUCAAGUCUCUUGACUCCUUUGGCCGCAAUGGGUCGGCUAGCUCAGCAUCAGGCCUCAGCAGCCGAGAUCAAAAGAGGUUAUCACUCCAAGUAGCGCAAUCUCGAAGUUUCGGCAAGGGUGAUUCGUCCACGAACGGACCGUCAGUAGCCCAGAAAGGUUACAGGACAUUUGCUCCCGGCGACUACGUGUACAAUUUCGAGCUUCCACUCGACAGCCAUCUACCCGAAACCAUUGACGUUGAGCUUGGAUCGGUUCGAUAUGAGCUCGAAGCGACAGUCGAACGCGCCGGCGCCUUUCGAGGCAAUCUCGUGGGCACGAAAGAAGUCCAGCUCAUCCGAGCGCCUUCCGAAGGCUCAUUGGAGCAGAUUGAACCCAUUGCCAUUAGCCGAAACUGGGAGGAUCAGCUGCACUACGACAUUGUUAUUUCAGGAAAAUCAUUUCCACUGGGUGCUCAGAUUCCGAUCGCCUUCAAGCUCACGCCGCUGGCGAAGGUACAAUGUCACCGUGUCAAAGUCUUCAUAACAGAAAGCAUCGAAUAUUUCUGCAACAACAAGCGGGUCCAUCGUAUGGAGCCGACUCGAAAACUUCAGCUAUUUGAGAAGCGCGCUGAAGGAUCGUCAACGAGUACGUUUCCGGGGAGUACCGUAAGGAUUACCUCUGGAGGCGGCAUUCCGUUUGAUCAGCGGGUAGCAGCAGCUAGAGGAGAGGAAGUAACACCGACUGACACUACGAAUCUGCUUGGAAAUCUUGAAGCGGAUCCAAACGCGGGGCCUACAGAGAUGGAGUUCAGCGUUCAGCUACCGAGUUGUCACCACAUGCGAGACAAGGACAAGCUACAGAAGCUACACUUUGACACGACGUACCAGAAUAUCCAGGUUCAUCACUGGAUAAAAAUUGUGAUGCGGCUAUCAAAACCAGACGAGAAUGACCCUACCAAGCGGCGACACUUUGAAAUCUCUAUCGACUCCCCAUUUCACAUCCUCUCGUGUCGAGCCACGCAAGCAAACACCGCCCUGCCCGCAUACUCCGCUCCCGAGAACGCAAACGACUCAGCGCGCGUCCCUGAAUGCGGCUGCCCUGGCGCACCUAUGCGCCGCCACUCGCCAACCUCCUACGUACCGACACUUAAUGCUCUCAACGGUUCCAGGGAGAGGUCUUCAUCAAUGGACGAAGUCCCCAGCCCCGGUCUUACGCGCCCCCAACAGGCUCAUCUCGGGGGUCCGAUAAACCAGAACCUCCAGCGGCCGAUCCACAUGCUCCGGGCGCCGUCUUUCAACCCUCCGGCUUUCGAGGACGAUGAGCCGCCACCCCCGAUGGUCACGCCGCCGCCGCAGUACGAUAGUAUUGCCAGUCCGACUUCGGGCCUUGCGGACUACUUCUCCCGGCUCUCGGAUACGUACGACGACGACGAUGACGGCUUGGUGAGAACGCCGGGGAGGGUAGAGAUCCCGUUGACGCCUGGGGCUAGAGUCAAUAGGAGUAUGGAUGAGCGGAGAACGUGGUUGCCGAUUGGGCACUACGCGCGAUGA